AUGUAUCAUAUGCUACCGUUUGCAUAUCGUCCAGAGAUAAAAGCAUCACGGAGGCAGCAUGGUGCAUUUCAAAAUAUGGUUGCUGAGCUAGUCGAAAGAGUUUUGUUAGAAACAGAAAUUGUUGAUAUUGAUAACCCGAUCGGCAGCAAAUUAUUCAAUUCAAUUGAUAGAUUUUUCUCUUAUGGAUUAUUAACGGCUGACAAAGCGUAUUGGCGAUGUGUUCAACAAUAUAUUCCGCGAGCCGAAAAAGAAAUGUUGAUUGCUGAAUGUGGCAACGCUAAUGAUAGGUAUUUAUCGAUUGGUUGGUUGAAAACCGCGUUCAACAAAGGCACUUUGCACUUCUAUAUGCUUUCGCUGAAUAAUAAGGAUAAUAAACAUUAUUUGACUCGAUUUUAUCACGAAAAUGCUUGUAUUCGUAAUUCUGGUUUACUUGAAGCGAUUACUGGAUUCGUUGAGAAAUUUCAACAUGUACAAUUUGCCUUCUAUGUGAGUUUGUCUUAUUUUCCUCCACUAAUCUUCUUUUCUAUUACAUAUAAGAUGAUUUCAGAGCACCCGACAGUUGCGUAUUGAGCCAGCUCCUGCAGUUGUCAUAGAAACUGCACCAGUGACAUUAUCAUUGCGAGCCGCUGCAAGACAACGAAAAAUGACUGAAUGUGAAAUGCCAAAUGAGACAGUGAAAAAUGUACUGCCAACAGAAGUUCCAGCAAUUUUGACAUCAGCUGUUGAUCAAGAAGUUUUGCUAGAUGAAUUGGUGAGAAAUCGAAGGAAUCGAUUGUAUUCGGAGCAAGUGAAUGCGCAAAAAGCAGCUUAUGAAGAGGAAAAUUGUUCGGAGCAAAUUGAAAUUCCUGUUGUUGAAGAACGAUUAGAAGAUGUUAGUGUUUUUUGGGAUAGAUUUCAAGUUUCAAAUAACAACUGAAAAAUGAUUCUUUAUAGGUUCUUGUGAAAACGAUGUCUGCUAUCAAUAUGGAUUUGAAUGCUGCCACACCAUUGGAAGAUGUUUUGCUCCAAGAGCCAUUCGAAGAUGAAGAACAUCAUUUCAAGUUAUCUGAAGGUGAAUUCCAACUUCCACAAGGUGAUAUCUUCAAUCUAGCAAUGAACUAUUACGAAAAGCAUUCCGAACGUAUCAAAGAAUCAUUCACUAUUUUCGAAAACUUUCACGGCGAUGCGAAAAAAUUGCGAUUCUUCAUUAUGACCAACUUUAAUGUAUAUAUACUGAAACAAAAUGAUGAUGCUCAAAAUGAAAAUGGGAAUACAUCACCAAGUCCAGUUGCUGGUAGUCGAUAUAGUCCAAUUCUUCGUCUUCCACACGAUCGAAUCGAAUGUAUUCAAAUGGGUAUUGAUAAUCUGUCAUUUAGUCUUGUAUCGAAAGAUGGAGGAUUUUUCGUGUAUGAUACUGCAAGUGGAGAAUGCGAAGAACAAGAAAUGUCGUAUUCUGCAUCGAUUUGUAGCCACGAUGCGGGUGUUCGUAUGUUGAAUGCACUUAUGCAGGUAAAUUUUUACUCGAGCUGAAGCUAUUUGGAACCUAAUAAUUCGGUGUUACCUUUCAAGAUCCCCCUAUGCUUUUCAGGUCACAAACUUCUCUGAUCGAGAUCAAAAAAUUGAUCUACACGUCGAUGAUCGAGAAGCCUACAUGAUUUUGCUUCAACCAAGUUUAACCAAACAAGUUGGCCCAGUCAAAAUCAACUCAGGAAUUCUAUGUUAUUGGCUCGAACAAUCGGCACACGAUGAACAAGCUGUUGAUACAGUCUCAGGUUAUUUAUACAAAAAGACAAUCAGCGGAAUGAGCAAUUGGUUGCUGAAAAAUCAAGCUGAACAAGAGCAAAAAUAUUGCAUGAUUAGUGGAAAGAAAAUGUAUGUUUUUGUUGAUUCGACAUGCAAAGAAGGAGAACAAGUAUUCGACUUGACGUAAGUUUGAUUUUACAGCGAAAGAACCAUUGAAAAAUAUCCGAAUUUUCAGCGAAUGUGAAUAUGUUCAAGAAGGUCGUAAUAACUUCAUUUUGAAAUCAUCUCAAGGUUCCUUCGAAUUUGAGAGCACUGACAAAGAAGGUUUCUCCGAAUGGCUUGGAUGUAUUUCAAGUGCUAUUGAAGAUGCAGUAAGUGUCACCCAUAGUUCAAAUUAUUUCAAAAAACAAUGUUUUUUUCAGGGUUUGCCAACAUACCUUACGCCUGCUCUAAACAUCAUCACCGACGAAGGUUUCUUUAUUCUUCAGGAAGGUGAAAAAUUCUGGACCGAUGGAUUCAUUCGAUUUUUGCACAAAAUUGAGAAAUCAACAAUUCAAGAAUGUAUUUUGGUUUAUCCAUCAGAAGAAAAAGUGAUGUUUGGAAAUAAACAAUCAGCGAUUUGUGUUCGAACAACAAAAGACGAACUACAUUACUUUUUCGUGAGAUUUGCAUCAGAAAUCAAUCGAAUUGCUAUUAUAAUAAGGGACAGGUUUCAAGGGAUCCCAGUUGUUACAUUGGAUACGGAAAUGGCCAAGGUUUGUUAUCUGAUUUAGUUAUUGGUGAAGCGAAAUUCAAAAUUGAAUUAUUUCAGACUCCUCUUGGCAAGAAGAUCCAUGACACAUGUUGCUCUGUUUUAAAUCUUUGGAAGGAAGUGUAAUUAUUCCUGUAUUAUAUUGUUCUGUUUUUUCACUUUCACUUCCAUCUUUUUUUAUUUCUUGUAUUAUAAUUUUUGCCAUCUUUAUCUGUACUUACAUGAAAACUCUCCGGUCGAAAAAUAGGAUUUCUCUUCUCUCACAGGGCCAUUAAUUAAGUUUCAAUUUUCUGUUUUUUCAAGUAAUUUAACUUUUUUUGUGUUUUAAAAACACCCUCCAAUCCCGAUUUUUGUUGUGAUUUGUUUUGUUUUGUUGAAUCAGACGAUCUUUUUCUCAAGUUAAUAAUUUGAAUUGUUUCGAUUUUGUUUUUUUUCCAAAACUGAAAAAACAAUCGGUUGAAAUAUUACCGUUUGAUAUCUUUAUUCAUCCCAAGAUCAAUAUAAUCACCAUUUUUCAGCCUAGUUAUGGAUAACAAUUUAGCCGAACCAGUGGAAGAGAUUCCAUUUGAUGUGGAUAUGGAUAGUAACGAUGAGGAUAACGUCAACGAGUUCAACUAUGAAGAUCAUUAUGGUGAUGAUAUCGAAGUGGAUGAAAGUGGAAGUUCAGAUCACAGUGAACCAAAAAAGAAGCGAUCGAAACUUCUCAAUUUGCCAGCAGAUCGACUUCCGGAAAGAUAUGUGCAAGAAUUUGAAGGAGGAGAGGAGAUGUAUGAAAAAUGCGAGCAUUCUUAUAUGAAAAUCAAAAAGCGCACACUUCACGUUGUUGAAUCACGUGAAAAGCCAAAAAUUCCAAGUGUGAUUCAGCUUAAUGUCAGUUUAAUUAAAAAUAUAUAAAUGAUAAUGUUUUGUAUUUUUCAGAUGGAGAAUCGUCGUGUUACAACAAAUAUUGACUGCAAUAAGUACUACAUGAAAGUUCCUCAAAAACACAAGCCAUAUGUCACCAAAACUCGGAUCGUACCAGCUGGAUAUGCACCAUUCAAAGCUUCAAAGACACAACGAAGAAAUGUUAGCGCAUAUAUCAACCAAAAAAUUCGAACCAAGCAAGAUCGUGAGUUGUUUUUGUUUUGAAAAUCAUUAAAAUAUACAUUGCAUUCAGGUAAACUUGCAAAACGUCUGGAAUUUGAGAGAAGAACUGAACGUCAGAAGAAACUUGAGGAAGAAGAAGUUAAAAGAGGGCAGAAUGUGAGUAUGAUGUUGCAAAAAUACAAUUGACGAAGGUUUAUAUUUGUAUUAUUUCAGAUCGAAGAUCUUCGUAACAAACUUCUUGAUUUGGAUAAACAGAAACAUGAUUUGUUCAUUAGUUUGAAAGCUUGUCUUCAACAAGAAAACUUCUAUAAACAAGUUUUGGAAGAAGAAAACAGACGGCUUGCAGUUAUUGAAUUUUUCCGCAACGAAAAUAUUGAUAGUAAUCAAGGCACUUCAAGUUCAAGUCUGAUUCAAAAAGAUCAAUGUGGAAAAUCAAGAAACGAAAUGAUUGCACAAUACAAUGAUCUUCUCGGAAAAGUAAUCGAAGAGAAAGGAAUUGAAAUUGCAAGACUUGAAGCGCAACUGGCGGUUGAUCAGGCUCGCCUUACAGAAUUGAUGAACAAGUUUGGGCCUGUCGUAAUGACGGAGGAUGAAUUGAGAUCUAAAAUUAGAAAAUUGAAAGAAAGUGAAUGCGAUGACCGAGACGAAGACACAUUAUUCGAGUUAUUGAAGAAUUGUGUUCAAAUCAAAGAAAAUCCAGAGCCUUCUGAGACAUUAGAUGAAGUCCAACGACACACAAUAUUUGACGAUUUGAAACAUUGGCAUCAAAAUUAUACAAGUGGACAAAUGCAGGGAGAACAAAGAAAAUUGUUCAUUCGUUCGAUUUUUUGCAACCCUCUGAAUUGUUUUACAUAUAAAAUACGCGGAAAUGUUCCAUCAAACAUUGAAGAUUAUGUUUUGAUAAACCAAUUUUGUGAAGAAGCAGAUCCAUGGUUUCCGGAAUCAAUCGAUAGUAACAAUACCCAGGCGACUAUUCAAAAAACAUUGGACUAUAUCACUGAACGUUUGGCAAAAGAUCUUAUCACAGUUUCCGAAAGAGUGUUUGUAGAUGAAUUGAAAGAUUCUUUGAAAACAAUUCUAGAAAUUAUGUCGUCACAAGCUGAACAAAAGGUUGAUGACACUUCGAAUCUGGUUGAGGAACACCAAGGAACAAGUGAUUCAUUGGAAAAUAUUCUUGAAAAAGAUUUGAUUCCAAAUAUAAAAAGAGAAGAGCCAUCUGAAUCUGUGGAAAGAAAAGGAUUUCCAUUUGUUUGUGUCAAAAAAGAACCUUCUGAUUCACCGGCUGCUUUCUCUAUGGCUCUACAAAAAGAUAUUGCAAGAGAUGCUGAUGAUUCUCAAUUAUUCGAGCAAGAAAAAGAAGAAUCAAUUUUGAAUCAGAGUAAUGUCUCACAACCAAUGGUAAGAACUUUUUCUAUUUGGAAUUAUGUGUGACUUAAUUUUAUUUUAUUUCAGAAAGAAGUUUUGCCAGUUGAAGAUCAAAAUGUGGUUAAUCAAAGUGAUGUUCUUGGAACAAUGCAAAAAAUCAAACAAGAGCUUUUGGAGGAAGAACUUUUGAAUGUGGAGAAUGAUCCAACUUAUGUGAGACCAACUGAAACACCAAAUUCCGCAUAUUUACUCGACGACAACGAUGAUGAUAUAUUGAUUGAUGAGCAACCAAAUAUCCCACAACAAGUAAAUUUGCAACCAGCGGUGGAACAACAAGAUGAUAUAUCAGAUGAUGUGCUGAUUGAUGUUGAAAAUAGUUUUGUUGAAGAGGAAGAACAACCAACAACAUCUCAACCAGUUUGCGCAUUGCCACCAGUUUUUGAUCAAGCACAGUUAAUUCAGCAACAACAACAAGAAAUGAUCAAACAACAAAUGGAGUUGCAAAAACAGCAACAAGAAGCUUUCCUUCUUCAAGAACUUCAGAAACAGCAAAUGCAAUAUCGUCAACAACAGGAAAUACACAAACGUCAACAACAAGAAAUACAAAAUCAGAUGACGAUGUUGCAGGCUCAAGAACAGUUGCGUGCUAUUACUCAACAGCAAAUUCCUAUUGUAGCACCACCAAUGAUGACUAUUCAAUCACAAAUGAUGCAAAUGCAACGGCCAAUGUUCCCAAUUAUGCCGCAAGUUUACCCAACUCAAUUUAUCAAUCCCGUAAGUUUUCUAAAAUUUUUAAAAAUUUCAAUCGCAUUGAAUUGUUUUCAGUUCCCCAAUGAAAUUCAAUACAUUGGAGCAUUCGGCCCAGCUUUUGGAAUGUAAGUUUAUUUGUGUUCAUAAAAAAAUUAUAUUUGUUUAAAUUUCAGGAAUCCAACGGGUUUUCAACCAGCUUUGUUCACUCCACGCCCACUGUAAGUUUUAUUGUACCCAAAACCACAAUCAAAAUUUAAACUUUUCUUUUCAGUGAUCGUGAAAUCAAACAAGAAGUUAUCACACCACCACCAAACGAUCAAAUGUAA